CAGCCACUAAAACAGUCCUGCGGCACUUGGAUCCGUUGUCAGUUCUCGUAGCGCGUGCCUAUACCGCUUCUUUUUUAUCGAUCGAUCGAUCGAUCGACGGAUCGAUGGAAGCCUCCUCGGUGCUAUUUGCCCGCGAGAAAGUUUCGGUCCCGGCGGUGAACGUGGUGCAAAGUAAAUCGAGCGAACGGUGCCACCGCGAUUCGUGAAACGUUCGCGCCAAGAUAAAUGGAUUCGAAUCGAAUGAAAAACAGUAAUUGAAGCGUCGGAACAAUUGCAUCGAAACAGUUUAACCGAAGCGUCGAACAAUGUUAUCGCGCGGUCGCUCGUUAAUUGCUUGAAUGACAAGCAAUUAGCGGUCGCCGAUGUACCGUCGGCUGAUUUUGAAUAAUUCUUUUUUUGUUUUUCUUCCUUCCAACGAGGCGAUAGCCGAACGAAUGGAUCCGUAAGGCAGGCGCGAAGUGGAAAAAUCGCGUCUCGCGCGACCAUAACGAGUCACUUGCCUCGCCGGUAAUUACCGCAUCGCUAACGGUAAUUACUCUACGUCUGUCCGCCGUUUAAUUUCCAAGGUGUAAAGUAACUUGCACCUCGAAUCGUCCGGGUGUACGCUUUCCAAUGACUGAACGCAACGCUCUGUAUCUGUGCUUUAUUAAUUCCUUCUAUUUCCUUUAUCGCCGUUUUUUAUCAACCUUCCUUCGAACGUUAUCAGGCAAGGCUAUCUCCGGAGGUUCGGUGAACGGAAAUCGUUUCCUCGAAAUCUCGGUUGCACAAAACCGGAGAAAGAAACAGAGAAAAACGUUGUUUUAGAGCGCGUACAGACGACUAGGGAUGUUGACUUAUGAUAAAACCGAGAUAAACUUAGCGGUACCAUUCAAUUACGCGGCCAGCCUUGAAAUUCUAUUAUACUUUUCAGUAAUUUAUUAUGGAAAAUAGGAGAGAUCGUGAAAAGUAGAGAUAGUAGAUCGCGUGGUAAGGUUAUCGCGUGUUUCCCUCGUCGGACUAUCUGCCGGGACGGGCGGUUCCAGCGGACGGGCACAGGUAAACUGGCAGAAAAAGGAAGGCGCGGGUAAGAAAGUUCCUUCCGUGUCCGCGAUCUCUUGCUCCGCCGCGUCCACCGAAGAAACGCAUCAAGGGAGUUAAUCGAUCGCGAACGAUAACGGUAUCCACGUGUAUCCUGGCUGUAUACGCGUAAUCGUGAUUCGACGAAACGCGUAACGAGCUGAACGGUAAACCUACCCCUUUCGAUUCUAUUCGGUUAACGAGCAUCCAAAGGCGACCUUCUUCUUCGGCUCGGGAAAAAAACUGUUCUAACGCGAUUCUAAGACGAUCCCGUGACAGCUCUCAGCCUUCCACUGUUGACGAGAACUUCUGUUAACGGUACGACGAAGAAACGUCUGUCGAGUAAUUGAAGCAGAUCGUUUUUAAUAGACGCGAUGCACAGCAGUUUCGAUUCUACCGCGGGGAUAGGAUGAGAGAAGAGGGAGAGAAUUACAUUUAUCGCGAUCGAGCAUGAGGGAACUUCAGUUUUUAAUAGGAUAUUGUAAAUCAAAAGACUAAUUGAAGUGAAUAGCGGACAAAAAUAAUGAUGAAUCUUCUUUACGUCAGUUUGUUUGCUGCCUGAUGAGGGAUUGUUAUUUAAAUUCUAUGGUCGUACGCAGUAUCGACGGUGCAAUUAAACUGUAUUCUUCUCGAGGAUAAUUCUGUUGAAGUUCGGAAAAGUUAUUCCGGAAGAAGGAUCGAGGGUAUUCGAUGGUUAAGCGAGUUUCGAACUACCUAAGAUGGAAGGAAGGAAAAUGAGGCCUGCAUAUAUUGACAUACAUUACUUCUUUUAAGACAGAAUUAAACUCCACGGAAACGUUGCACUUGUUUGUUGUUAAAACUUUGGGAUUCAUGAUGAAUUAUCUGAAUUUUUAUUAAUUAUUUCAUAAAGAAGUUCAAGCUUCAUUUCGAGGAAACUUUAGAAAUAAAAAGUUGAAAGAGAUUGCUGACAGUAUUAUGUCAUCGCAGGAAGAAGCAGUGAUAUUUAAAAAGUGUUAUUUUGUCGAGUGUUAUAAGUGUUCAGUGUUAAGUGAAUAGUGUAGCUGGACAGUUUCUAAGAGUAAUAUAUAUUUAUAAGACAGGAGUCUGAUUAAGCACUCGGGGGAAUCGAAAAUCGAACAAGAAUUAAGCAAGAGGAUUCCUUCGAACUAGCAAAAUAUGAAACUCGUACGGUACAUUUAAAAAAAAAGAAAAAAAAAACGCUGCAUCAUCCGGAUAAUUAAAAAUCGCGAGUGCGCGCUUUCCAUUCGCCAGGAAUCAAAAUUCGAAAUUAAUCGCAACAAACAGGCUGAAUAUACACAGCAGAAGUUCCGCAACGAUAAAUAAUUUCGUGGAACUGAAUGAAAAUCGAACUGACGAAUCGCAAAGGAUUCUCCGCUACGGACUGUCCGAUUCGUUGGCCGCUGUUAAACGUCACCGAUAACGCAAUUGAAGUAUCAUCCAGGUGUAUACACACUUUCGAACGUGAGUCACGUAGACGCAUUUUCGAUUCGAGGCAUCGAGGACGUGGUACCGUUUGAUUCGUCGCAUUAGAGACCGCUGGUAUAUCGGCCACCUUCCUCUUCUUCUGUUGUUUUCUUCGCAUCAACUUGGGAAUCUCGCGAUUCGCACGAUAAUAAGUUCGAUUGUCUUUCGAGUUUCUUCGUAUGUGACUGUGCAAGUAAAGCCGCGGAGAUGCUGAAGAUACGUAUGCUGGAUUACAUCGGGGACACUGGGAGACAGCAACUGGAACAAUCCGUGUAUUGUGAGGCUGAAUCCCGGCGUGCCGCGCUGGAGGAUGAGAGACAAGAUGUUCAAGGUACCAACCAAGAGAAAAUAAAGAGUACUACGCAAGAUUUAUUCGAAUUGCUGGAAAGGGUGCAGAGUUCACGUCUCGAUGAUCAACGAUGCGUUCUACCACCGUAUUUUUCUCAGACCCCAAGGGAGGACAGGGCAGCGUCAAGUCCUGGUAAUCAGAAUAAUCACACACCCACACCAUCGCCGUCACCGGUCGGAGAUGCCCCCGUUGGCAGAGCCCUUAUGGAGGCUGCGCUUCAGCAAGCCACUUCCGGAACUCAGCCACCUCUGGUGGUGACACCGUCUGGAUACUGGGUCGACGGUACCGAUCAUCGACACGCCCUGGACUCGGUCGGCAGGGCGUUACUUCCGGCACAGCCUGCCUGGCAACCCAGGAUAGAUCAAGAUGAUACGGCUAAAUGCUACAGGCGAUUCUUUGUCGGAAGGGAGCACGUGAACCUGGUGGGUAGAGACGGAGAGAACGGGCCGGUCCUGGUCUCGGUGAAGGCCGAGACGGUUGGUGGACAGGAGCACUGGAGGGUCUUAUUGCGAUUGCGAGCUGGCUCGACCCACGAAUUGGUACCAGCCGCGAACCUCGGCCCGAAUCCAUCACCCGCGAAAAUGGUCAAGGCGAUUAACGAAUCCUUGAACGUGAGCACCCUGAUGCCUGUUGUCUGUUCCGGUGCUGGCACGCUAAUAGCACGGUACGAUGAGCAUGCUUUGGUGUCGAGGUUUAAAUUUGGUGUUCUUCAUCAACGUGCCGGCCAAGUCACCGAGGAGCAACUUUUUGGGAACCGACAGAUUACACCAGCCUUCCAGGAGUUCCUCGAUUUGCUGGGUCAAAAAAUCGAUUUGAAGGAUCACAAAGGAUAUCGUGGAGGCUUAGAUACUCGUCAUGGACAGACAGGAGAUUCUGCGGUGUACGAGGUAUUUAGAGGUCGAGAAGUGCUCUUCCAUGUCGCCUCUCUUCUUCCAUACAGUCCUGGGGACUCGCAGCAAUUACAACGUAAAAGACACAUCGGCAAUGACAUCGUCGCGAUAAUAUUCCAAGAGGAGCCAACUCCUUUCAGUCCAGAUAUGAUCGCCAGCCACUUCUUGCAUGCAUUCAUCGUGGUACAAGUCGUCGACCCCUGCACUCCUUAUACCAGGUACAAAGUCAGUAUCACAGCACGAAAUGAUGUUCCCUGGUUUGGUCCAGCAUUGCCAACGCCAGCUGUGUUUUCCCGGGGUGUAGAAUUCAAAGAAUUCCUUUUGACGAAAUUGGUGAAUGCUGAAAAUGCUGCGUACAAAGCUGAGAAGUUUUCAAAACUCGAGCUAAGAACGAGGUCAGCCCUCUUGGAGUCAUUGACGGAAGAAUUGCAAGGGAAGACUGCCGAGUUCCUUGGUGGAGCGAUUGGUUUCGGAGGUAGCGGCCUGGGAUUUGGAGGUAACUGUCCAGUAAGUCCGACUGCGAGCGACGCCUCAGGAUCCGGCAGCGGCGGAAGUGGCUCCAGAUUUAUCGAUACUGUACGAAAAGCGCUGAUAUCGCGUGUUCGAAAUGCGUCCACCGAGAGUGUGCCCCAGCAGUUAUCGAAGAAAGGCCAGUCGGAGCCAAGUCCGCCGAGUAAUCGACAAUCAACGACAAAGAUCAGUAGCAAACGAUCAGUGGAACCAUCGAGUCCUUUAGGCUCUCCAGAUUUAACACUUCGAAGGGAUUCGGAACGCGGAAGUCCUAGCUUAGGUAGCCAAGACAGCAGUUUAUCCAACACCGACAAUCAAGAUAGUAGUCUGGCCACUUUGCAGCAAGACGAGGUUGAUCGUAGAGAAUUCUCAACAACGACAACAACAGCAGUUUGCUCCAACAGUGAAACGACGCAAGAGAACAAAACUUCCGUGUCGUCUGUUCAGAGAUUGACUCAUGAGAACUUACGGAAACAGGAGAGGACGGAGAAGACAGAGACGACUCAGCGUGUCAUUUCCGAAAGCGAUGACAGCUCGUUGAACAGCGAGCUAGAACUGGACCAAGCUGUCUAUCCGGACAGUGAUACCGGACUCGAAUCGAUGAGUUCCGCGGAAACCCAUGACACUGUACGAUGUACUACCAAGGAUGGGGUUUUAGAGAACGAGAACUUGAGGAUGGAGGUCACCAGGUUGAAAUGCGACAAACUAGAUCUGCUCAGGCAGAAUGUGACUUGCCAACGCGAUAUAAAACGUCUACGAGAAAAGGAGUUGCAAUUGCAGUCCGAUUUAGCAGCCGCUUCCAAGGAGAUUCUUCGAUUGCGAGCUAUGUUGAAAGAAUGUUCGACUAGUAUUCCAUUGGAUAAUAAUAAUCAGCAAACGUCUACCGUAUAAAGAUAAAGAUGCAAUUAUUAGAUUGUAAUAAUUAGUUGAACACUCUGUAUAACGUACUAAUUCGGAGUUGCUUCUUUCAAAGAAAACUAUCCGAAGAGGUAUCUUGCAAAGAGUUUGAACGCGCAAUCGAAAUAUGCUUUACGUUUUGUUUUUAAACUGUACGAUUGAAGUUCUUUAGAUAGAAAUAUUGGGUACAAAUGCUGUAUAUUAUAAGAGAAAGGGUCAGUGAAGGAUAUUUAAAAAAAAAAAAAAGAAAAGAAAAGAAGAGAUGAUUCUGCGAUAUAAUAAAUAGCGACGCGUCUUUCAAUAUAUUCACAGCGUAGACGCUAAUUGUUACUUUGUAGUAGUAUUUGUUUCACCUUUAACCAUUAUUAUUUAUCUAUUAAUUUAUUAAUAGAUGUAAGUUAAUCUCUAAUAGUCAAUAUAAUUAUUAAACGAUUCAGAAACACACAAAUGAUACGAAGAUACAUGAUGAAAAUAUGAAAUGAUAAAAUCAUUUAAACAAGUAGGUGCAUCUUGUCAUUAUGGUAGGUAGAUAUCUUUAGAAUUACAAAGUAAAAUGGCCUUUAGACUUAGAGUUUCCGAACUUGAGAGUAAAUAAACAGAAAUUAAUAUAACAUAUUUUAUCUGUAAUAAAUGUUUAAAAAAUUGAGAUCGUAUAUAAAUAUAUACGUAUAUAUAUAACACAGUUACGGUGCUCGUAUUGUUUUAGAACGAGGUAACUGUAAAUUGUCCCAUAAAACAGUAUAAAGCGAUUGGUAUAAAUGUUGACACGCUUAUGGGCUUUAGAAAUAUGCGUUUUACCGAUAUAUCUCUGACGUCUCACAUUGAAACAAGGAUAUGUAUCGUUAGUUACAGUAUUUGUCACGGUAAUUAAUUACCGAAAAAAAAACCAUUACUAGUUUUUUAGUAUUAGUCCGAAAGAAUUGUAGGAGAUAUGAGAAAAACCUCGUUAGUUAAUCUCUUCCGGUUAUAUCGUGUUAGCCAAUUUAGAAUAAGAGUAGACAUUUUUCUUUCUAGCCGUUCACACGGUUGUAAUGAUUUAGCUGCACCAAAUUGUUUAACGGCACGCUACGUAUCCAUGUGUCAGUAACGUACGAAUAGAACACGUAUUAUCGUUGAUUGUUCACCAAUACGCAAAAUAGACUUAAGUGUACUUUAUUAUUUGCUUCGGUUAACGCACUUUAUUUUCAUUAUUUUUCACCGAUGGUAUUAGUAUGAUUUAUGAUCAUCAUUAUUACUAUUGCUAAUUGCUACUAUUAUUAUCAUUAUUAUAUUAAUCACCGUUGUACUUUAUACAGUUUCGUUUUUCUUUUUUUUUUGUAAAUAAUCGGCUAUCUUUCUGCGAAGAAAGAUUGAAAAUGUAAGGGAAAGAAAGGACAGAGGGACAUGAAAAGUUCACUCAUAUGUAAUACCAAAGUUUAUCGUAGUUAAAUCUCUUCUCUUAGUUUUCUACAUUCCUUUUCGUACAAUAUUUGCCUCUGUAAUCUGCGUAUAUAUACUUCUUUCUCGAACGAACAUUUUUUCUACAAGUACAAUACUUUUUCUUCUACCAUUGAAUUUCGAGAAAAUCUUUGUAUGCCUUUACAGCUACUUUGCAGAUACAUUACGAUUAUCACUGCCUAUACUGUGUCGUUUUGGAGUGUACCACGUUUACAUGAUACUUCUGAUGUGUUGUUCAUAAGAUACGACGUAAUAUUUUGCAUUAAUUCUAUUUAAUUAAUGUCGAAUGACUCAUUAUUUAUGAAUUUUCAACUGCAAGUAAAAGAUAAUUCAAAAUUACUCUUUUUCGACGAUUUACCCUUCGAGUUGUUUCAAACAAUAACGUUUGUAAAUGCUUCUAAAAAGUACACACAAGAAUCAGUAAUUAUUAUGAACACUCUCCAGUAAUACUAUUUUUAACGGUCAUAAAAAAAGCAAGCAUGCAAUAUAUAUAUAUUUUAUACGUUUUACGAUCAAUGUAUUUUUACAAACUGUUUCAGACUGGGUGUAAAAGAUAGCACACUCGAACGCUUAAUUUCUUGGAAUUUAUAAAACAAGAUAUGUUGUACGUAAAGCAUUCAUUUCAAUUGUAAAAAAUGUUGAAAUGUUUAACAUCUUGCUGAACGUUAUAAUACAGUCACUUUUAAACGAGUAUACACACGCACACGAAAUAAUAAAACUGACGAUGCAGAAUACAUAAAAUGUAAGAAAGUUUGAAUAUUUUUAGAAAAUGUGUUACAUUAUCAUUAGUAUCUUAAACAUCUCUCUACUAUUGCUAAUUAAACUUCAUGUAUAUAACGUAAAAUCGAUUUAAAAAAAGAGCGUCUCUUUGUCUAAAAAUUUAGAAAAAAAAUAAAAGACUAAGUUUACCAUUCUCUAGUGUGAUUUCUAUGCUGGCCUUGCAAAAUCAAAGAAAGAUUAUCUAUAUUACAAAGAAAUAUGUGUUAUUAUAUUAUGAGAGGGAGAGUGAGUGAGUGAGUGUGAGAGAGAAAAAAUAUUAAUGCUAUAAAUAUAUAUAUAUACACACAUAUAUAUAUAUUUUGUAUUUAAUAUUAAUCGCCCAAAUUUAACAGAACUGCGAAUACUAUUAUUAUUCUCUGAUACUAUGACACGAAAGUAUAUAUUUCUUAUGACUGGUGUAAGUAUUCGCAUUCUAUUUUUUCUUUUCUAUGCACGACUGUCAACUUGAAAAUCAGUGGUAAUGAUGUUCGCCAAUAAAUAAAACGAUUUAAACCAA